UAUUAUUUCACCAAAAUAAAUAUAAUUGAGCACCUACCUUGAACCCUUCUUAUAUCGUGCGUGUCGCAAGCUUGUCUAACACACACUCCUUUGCAAAGAGAGAGAGAGAGAUUGAGAAAAAUGGCACUGAGAGCAGCCAUACUCCGCCAUGUUCGCGUCCCACUCCAAGCUACUCCAAAAUUCCAACCAUGGAAUGGUUGCCUUCGCUUCAUGUCUUCACACGACGAUCAUCUCACCAAAGAAGAGGUCAUCGAUCGAGUCCUCUCUGUGGUCAAAGAUUUCCCCAAAGUCGAUCCUUCCAAGGUUACUCCAGAAGUGCAUUUUCAGAAGGAUUUGGGGUUGGAUAGCUUGGAUAAUGUGGAAAUUGUAAUGGCACUCGAAGAGGAGUUCAAGCUUGAGAUCCCAGAUAAGGAAGCUGAUAAAAUCGACUCUUGUCAUCUUGCUAUUGAGUAUGUUUCUAACCACCCCAUGGCUAGUUAAGUUAACCAAAGAGUCUUUUUCCUAUUUGGUUUCAUGUUAAACUUAACAUCAGUGCAAUCUUUACCUUCCCAAUAUCUGGUUUCUCGUGUUAUAUUUGCCUUUACCCUUUCGAAUUGAAGUGAAAGGGUUGGUGCUGUUGAAAAUAAUAUGAAUUUUCUGUAAGAAGUUUGUUAGUGAAAGAACAAAUACUGGAUUUUUGAAGGGCUCUAAUUUCAACUGUGAUGUUUUAAUUUUUAAUGUGCCUAAGAAAUAAUAUUGAUGGAGCUGUCAUGAGGUGAGAAAA